AUGUUGUUACAGCAUGUGUACGCACUACAACAACUUGAGGGUCAUCUCAAAGAGGGCGCUUGUGCUUUAGAUGUUGGUUCAGGGAGUGGCUGUCUCACAGCUGCUAUGGCUUAUACGGUGAGUACAGUGAUUAGUAUUAACAUGCUCAUGUAUAGCAAGAAAUUGAGAAUUUACUAUUGUCCACCAUUUUUAUCUAUUUGUGAAACAUUACCUCCAUUAUUAUCUGUAUCACUAUCAUUAUUGUAUCAGUACUCUAGAACUGUGACUGUGGUAGUAAAUUGGCAAUAAAGACAACAAGACAACUUGGUUUAAUCAAAGUUAAUAAUGUAAAUUUUCCUCCAUGAAGAGAUUCUAAAGCUGACGUGUCGGUGUUAGGUUAGAUCUCAUUCCUUCCCAUUUUUUAAAUAAGUAAAUCAACUUAAUUUGACAAGAGUAUCACUUAACAGUUAUUCAACUGAAAAACUAGUGGUCUGAAUCCUUUGAAACUUUAGGUUGGAGAAAGUGGAAAGGUUCAUGGAAUUGAUCAUAUUGAUAAGCUUGUCAAAGAUUCUUUGGCUAAUAUUAAAAGAGGGAACCCUGAACUUCUUGAAAAGGGCAGAGUCAAAAUUGUCUGUAAGUGUUUCAUUUUCUUGCAUGAGUGUGGCUGUAGAGAAAUUUGUCCAAAUCAACUGUUGCUGACGGCUGCAUGUCACUCCAAUUGAAAAUUGCAUUUGUUCCAUUUACUGCAGCUGGUGAUGGGCGCAAAGGUUAUGAAUCUGGGCAGCCCUACGAUGCAAUCCAUGUGGGAGCUGCUGCAGCAGAAUUACCGUCUACUGUGAGUAAAAGAUAUACUUAAAUCUUAAAUUUAACAUGAACCCUUCUUUGGAAAAUGUGGAUAUGUGAUUUGUAUACCACAUUUACAGUAGUUUGCUUAAACUUUUAACUCCCUUUGUGACCAAGGCAGAAUUUUUCUUGCAAUAUCAAUACAAUAUCAAGCAGACAACUAAUGCGCAGCAUUAAACAGCAUUCUUUGAAAUCGAAUAAUCUUUUGGUGAAUAACAUUCAUUUAUUUUCAUAUGUAUAUACAUUUUUUACCCCAAGCUUCUAGAGCAGCUUAAACCAGGAGGUCGUCUUAUUUGUCCAGUGGGAGCAGACGCGCGGAAUCAGGUUCUUGAACAGCAUGAUAAACUUGAGGAUGGUCAGAUUAUGAAGAAGAAUCUGAUGGGUGUCAUCUAUGUCCCACUCUGUGAUAAAAAACACCAGUGGUCAGGUUGUAAACUGUCUUAA